UACUUUUCUUCUUUGUCUCCCUAGUUGCUCCACUGAGGACUUGUUGCAAAAGCUAUGCUUGUUUUUAUGAAAUUUAGUAAGUUUAAGUAGAGAAAAGGGAACAAAUAGAGGAAAAAAAUCAGUAAACAGAUCUUUCUUUUGAAGGAGAAAAAAAAAAAAACUGGAAACCACUCGUUUUGCUUUCAGGUAAUUAAUUAAUUUGAUUUAUGAUAUCCAAAAUGCUAAACUUCAGUAUGGGUUACAUUUCCUGGCUGGGAUACAGAGAGAUUCUCAGAAAAUUGAGGUUUGAAAUAGAAAGCCAGCAGCAGCCUCAUCUGGAACACAAGGAACCUCAGCAGAGGGGACAGAGCUCGAGAGUGCUGCCACUUGGGACCCACAAACUGAAAUAGAGAAGCCUGUCAUCUUUGUUUUAUUUUUAAAAUAUGUGAAGAAAUGAAAAGCCAAGAGCGAGCCCCGUGUUUUGGUUUGCUGUGCCUGUGCUAGCAGCUCUGCUCUCGUGCCCUCCCGACGCACAGCACACAUGCCACAGCUCCUGCGCUCCCGUCGCUCGCUCUGAUGUUACUGCUCAAGUAUGCACUCAGCAAAGAGCCAGCAGAUACAGGAGAUUUAUUCUACUUGUUGAGGUCAAGGACUCCUUCUCUUUGGAUUCAGCAGGGAGGGAACUCUUUCGUCGUAGCUCCAGACAGGCUUUCUGCUUUGCCGUCUACUGUCAGUGCGCACCACAGAUAAAGAAACAUCUGAGAGGAUUUUUAAAGGAUUCAUCAAUCCAAAGCUGGGUGAGCUAUGUGCUGUCUCCAGUGUCAGAGUUAGGAGACUUUCAGCAAGGGACAAUAUUUGCACAAAGUGCAAGCCAGAGGCUCCAGCUGCUGCAAACUUUUGCAAGCCGUAUCCAUGUCCACUACACUCAAUAAAGAGAAAAGGAAAUAUGUUACCUCAUGAGCACAACAGUCAUACGAACUGCUGCGAAACCUGUGGAUUCUGAUUUUCUUGAAUGCUGUAAACUAGCUCUGACAGAAUGGACAGCGCCAACAAAAUAAAAACCCACACAAAUUUUCUGAGAAGACAGCAAAGGAAUUAGAAAAAACAGCUUGACUUGUGGGUUCUCACCUGACCCAUGAUUGACUCUCUGCUAAUGCAACACUACAUUUAAGACACCAUUGUAUAUCAGAUCUGAGGAUGUUUGUGCUGCUCUACAUUACAAGUUUUGCCAUCUACACAAGUGAACAACCUCUUCAAAGCCAGACCAAAGGAGAAAAUUACUACACCAGAUAUAUCUGCAGCAUCCCAGGUUUGCCAGGCCCUGCUGGCCCCCCUGGAGCCAGCGGAUCCCCAGGGCCACAUGGACGCAUUGGUCUCCCAGGAAGAGAUGGCAGAGAUGGCAGGAAGGGAGAAAAAGGUGAAAAAGGGAGUGCAGGUUUAAGAGGCAAGACUGGGCCAUUAGGACCAGCUGGAGAGAAAGGAGACCAAGGUGAGUCUGGUAAGAAAGGACCUGGAGGAUUGACUGGUGCCAAAGGUGAAGUAGGUCCAGCUGGACCACCUGGACCUAAGGGAGAUAAAGGAGACCGAGGAGAGCCAGGAACACCAGGGGUCUGCAGGUGUGGAAAGAUAGUGCUGAAAUCUGCCUUUUCUGUUGGCAUCACCACGAGCUACCCAGAGGAAAGACUACCAAUUGUAUUCAACAAAGUCCUCUUCAAUGAGGGGGAACAUUACAACCCAUCCACAGGCAAGUUCAUUUGUGCCAUCCCAGGGAUUUAUUAUUUUUCUUAUGAUAUCACCUUAGCAAACAAGCAUCUUGCCAUUGGGCUGGUUCACAAUGGCAAGUACCGGAUCAAGACUUUUGAUGCGAACACCGGCAACCACGACGUAGCCUCUGGAUCCACGGUGAUCUACCUUCAGCCAGAAGAUGAAGUAUGGCUUGAAAUCUUCUACACUGACCAAAACGGUCUCUUUUCUGAUCCAACAUGGGCAGACAGUUUGUUUUCUGGAUUUCUCUUAUAUGUUGAUACAGAUUACCUUGAUGCUUUGUCAGAUGAAGAUGAGCUCUGAAGCAGAUGUCCAAUGACAUUCAAACUGGAGGCCCCAGCAUAGGAUUUUAUUCAUCUGUGUGGGGAAAACAAAGUUGAAAUGAAAAAAAAUAAAAUCUGGGAGCUCUUUCUUGUUUUGAUUGGAACCAAAUAUGAGCUUGUAAGGAUGUUUCUAGAAUCUAGGAUGGGUUUUUUUAACGAACAGCAGGGAUAUCAAAAUGAACUGUAAUUACCAAAAGACUCCAUCACUCCAGGACUGACUCUUCCCUAAAAUUACAUUUAUAAUACUAUUUAAACAAAUUUAAGAUACUGUACAUUGGAUUUUAUAUAAAAUGUAUAUGCAAUUUAGAAGGGCUAUUUUGUAUAUUACAUUAAAGAAAAAUUGAACAAUU